AUACACAUCCCCAUGAUGAUCUUAAAACCAAAUUUCCGGGAUGGUUUCUCCAUAAGGUCCAUUCGAUGAAAACACAAAAUUCUCCAGAAUUCCACCCGGAGUUGUAUGCUCUUUCAAUUUGUGCGAAAAUGACUGCUUACACUUACACUGCUUGCAUAGUCAACGGUGUUAGGUUUAAGACACUUGAACGUGAUGCAAAAUGCGCAACGCAAAACUCUGGGGUGGAAGUGGUUGGAGAGAACGGUGUGAAAUUUUAUGGCCAAUUAGAAGAAAUUAUUGAGUUGCGUUAUACAAAUGAUUAUUCCACUGUCCUAUUUCAGUGCAAGUGGUUUGAUACUCAAAGGGGUGUAAACCAUGACAAUAAUAUCACCAGUAUAAGCACUGAACAUGAAUGGGACAAAGACGAUCAACUCAUAUUUGCUUCGCAAGCCAAACAAGUGUUCUUCAUCCAAGAAACGUCUCGAAACCAAAAAAAUAAACAUAGGUGGGUAGUCGAAAAUGUUAAUCAUCGAAGAAUUUGGGAUCGGCCAUUAAGUGAUGACCGCGUCAAUAAGGUUCAAAAUGUUGGCAAACGCUUAGAAGAUAGUGACGUUGUUGACAACAACUCUUCAUCUGACUGUCCACUUGUCAUUGACUUGACCCAAUACUUUCAAAUUGGAUCUUCUCAUGUUACUGCGGGUGAGCCUUCAAUUAAAGUUGAUCCCCCAACGGCCACCGUCGAUGAAGUGUUUGAAGUCGAGACUGAUUCUGAUGAGGUCGAGGCUGAUUAUGAUGAGGAUGAUCCCGAUUAUGUGGAGUCUGACUAA